AUCCACAAAACUUAAUUACUCAUAUAAUCUAAUCGUCAAAAAGAGACAAGAUGAAAAUCUUUAACCCAUCUCGAAACCUAAUCCUAGCCACAACCAUUUUCCUUGUUUUCAUUGUUCCCCUAAGAGCCCAAGACAGCCCACAAGAUUUUUUGGACGCUCAUAACCAAGCACGAGCAGCGGUUGGGGUGGAUCCUUUAGCGUGGGACGAGACGGUGGCUGCAUAUGCUCACGACUACGCAAACCAGCGUAGAGGUGACUGCGCCUUGGAACACUCGAGUGGGCCCUAUGGAGAGAACAUCGCCUGGAGCAGUGGUGACAUGUCAGGUGUUGAAGCAGUUAACAUGUGGGUGAGCGAGCAGGCUGACUACGAUUAUGGUUCCAACACAUGUGCCUCAGGAAAACAGUGCGGCCACUAUACUCAGAUUGUGUGGAAAAACUCGGCGAGGUUGGGAUGUGCAAAAGUGAGCUGCGACAAUGGUCAAACCUUCAUCACUUGCAACUAUGAUCCUCAAGGUAAUUUUGUGGGCCAGUGGCCUUACUGAAAAGAGAACCCACGUGUGAAUGUUUCAAAAAAUAUAUGUUAUACAUGCAUGACUUUAUGUUUCUAUAUAUAUUGUUCAAUUAUACCAAUCUUCAUCAUCACCUAAUAAUGAUCGCCUUGUCCGGUUCAGUCAUAUUUUGUACCAUAUAUAUGUGUGGAUUUUUAUAAUGGAAUAAGAAAAAUGCAAUGCUAUACGGCUUGCACUUGCUUUGUGUGAUAUGUGAGAAUCUCUUUUUUUUUUCGUAUUUAUACGUAUGCAUAUAGUUAGGGUUUAUACCUUACAAUUUAUAUUGUUGUAUUAAUUAGACUACUAGUUAUUGGAUUAAACUGAAAUUUUGUAUACAAGACAUAACAUUCUCUUUCUCAGAGUUAGGGAUUUAGGUCUGAAAAGAAAGCAAUUGGGGUUUACAGUUUUAAUAAAAUUGUAAGUAGUCAAGUGGUUUAGCAUUGAUGCCAUUGUAGCGUUGGUCAUGGGUUCGAAUCCGUUGAAGAACACCUCCUAAAUUAUUAAAAUGACGUUAUUUAGUUUAAUAGAAAUUAGUAUCUACACUACUUAAUAAAAUCUUAAGUAGCCUAGUGGUUUGGCUUUGUUGUAUUUGUACCUCUGGUCAUGAGUUUGAAUCCGUGUGGUUCUUAAAAUAGCUUAGUCAAAAUAUAUUAGAGAUUUAAAUGGAAAGUCAAGAUAAGUUGAGGUUUUAAAUGGUAUAUGCAAAAAUUCAUUUUUUUUCAAAGUUGGUGAUUUAAACGAUCUUUAUCUUUAACCCAUCUCAAAACCUAGUCACAACCACUUUCCUAUUCCUUUAAGAGAUAAGACUUAUAGACAGCCCACAAGGCAGCUCACAACCAAGCACGAGCAGCGGUUGGGGUGGAUCCUUUAAGGUGCGACUAGAGGGCGGCUGCAUAUGCUCGCGACUACGCAAACCAGCGUAGAGGUGACUGCGCCUUGGAACACUCGAGUGGGUGAGUCUGGUGACAUGUCAGGCUUUGAAGCAGUUAACAUGUGGGUGAACGAGCAGGCUGACUACGAUUAUAGUUCCAACGCAUGUGCCUCGGGAAAACAGUGUGGUCACUAUACUCAGAUUGUGUGGAAAAACUCGGUGAGAAAGGGAUGUGCAAAAGUGAGAUGCGACUAUGAUCCUCAAGGUAAUUUUGUGGGCGAGUGGCCUUACUAAAAAUAGUACCUAAGUCUGAAUGUUUCGAUAAGUAUACGUCAGUUAUAUACAUGUGUGUAUUAUUUGUUUCUAUGUUGUUCAGUUACACCAAUCUUCAUCAUCAGCUAAUAAUGUUUCGUCUGGGUCAGUUCGAUUUUGUACCAUAUAUGUGUGAAUUUUUAUAAUGGAAUAAGAAAAAUGCAAUGCUACGGCUUGCACUUGCUUUAUGUGACAUGAAAAUAUUUGUUUUGUUUGUAUACAUACGUGUGGUAGAGGCUUAGAGCACAUAUAGUUAGGGUUUUAUAACUCACAUUUAAUAUUUUGUAUUUAAUUAGAAAAUAACAAUGCAUAUUUCUUUUUCUUUUUUUUCAAAAUCCCUUGUAUACGUGAAAUUUAGGAAAGUGCCCUUAUUAGUGCCUUCGAUCCUUUCAUGUUGAACGGAAAGACUCUUAACUCAUCAUAUACAAUCUUCAUUUCAAAUUAAGAUUCUUAUUAAAAUGGAAACUAUUGAAGUUUAAAGUAUUGGUUUUAGAAUCAUUUAACACUCAUUUUGAGAUUUGAUUUACAUGAUAUAGAUAUCGUACCUAUAUAGUUCUACACUUGAUUUACGUACUGUAGACUUUUUUUUUUAUCCUUGAAAUAACCUCAAAUGUUUGGUCUCCAAACACAUUGUCGGAGGAAAGAAAAUACAGAAAACGAAAACAGAUCAAAGCAUACACCAAUAGGUGCUUGAAAGAUAAAUACCCUAUAAAAGGUGAAAUGUGUAGAAACCAUGGCUUCCUACUUCCUUAAGAGAGACAGUUGCAGUCUUAUCUUGGAUAUGUAGAUGGAGAAUUAGAAGCAUCUUCAAGAAUGGUAUCAUUGAGCCAACUUGGACCUCCACGAGCUAUAUAAGAUUAAAACCGUCCAUCUUUGGUAACACUGACAGCGAUCUUCUCAGAUACUCUAUUUGUAGUAACAUUCACAACUUCCACAUAGCAAUUUUGGAAGCAAUUUAGUGCUUGUCUAGUCUAAGCAAUUCAUAGCAACUUCUACGUACUGUAGACUAUACAUGCUAUAAUAUAUUUUUAGACUCUACAUACUUUUCUCGUUCUCUAUUUCUUUUUUUUCUUUCUAAAUAUUUAGUUUAGGCCGAACCAUAAUUAUCCCAUAAUUCUUAGAGCAUGAUUAACCCAUAUACCAAUUUGCUCUCUUAUUCAUUAUUUUAGUAAUUCAUGACAAUUAAAAACUUUACUUAAGAAACCUUCUGAUUUUGGGUCUCCAAUGGUAGUCUCUUGUUUAGGAGUUCACAAUUAAAAAAAUAUUAAAAUUUGAAAAAAUUGUAUCCCAAACCCAAACAUUCAAAAGCUUACAAGAACAGCUUCUGCUCCGAGUGCCAGAGCUUUGAAAACAUCUGUUCCUCGUCUUACUCCUCCAUCAAACAAAACCGGAAUCCUCCCUCGAACAACCUGAACAACCUGCAGUUUCAGAAAUAAAGAAAAAAAUCAGUAUUGGACUUCAGUUGGUAAUCUUUCAGUUUACAUGAAACUUUAAAUUCAAAACUCUACUCACAGGUUGGACUUCAGUUGGAAAAAAACCACCAAAAUUCUUCAGUUGCGGAGAUAU